AUGUACUUCACUGGUCUCCUUUUCCUUUCACUCUGGCUGGUAAGCUGUCGUGGAAAAGCUCUAAAAUCAAUGGAAAACAAAGCUAAAGACGUCUUGAGAACAACUGAUGGAACAACUGAUGGCAUUGAACAAGGUAGAGAUAUCACUCAACGUGAAGUCACGGAGAUUAAAUCAAGGUUCGAGCAACAACGAUACCACAAAAGAAAAGGCGAUGAACACUUACCAAACAAAAUACCCAUUCUGGAAGGGUCGAAACGCAGCUGCUUCUGUCCAUUUAGUGCUAGUUGCCCAGAUGGAUUUGUAAGGACAUACCCGCAGUGGCCCUGCAUGGCAUGUCCAACGGCUUCAAAUGGUCUUCCGACGCCACUAUACAGUUUUGGAUAUGGAUGGCCUUGGUUGCAGGGAAGUUUUGGUGGUGAUGAAGCAGGAUCUCAGUUUGAUUCAUGUCCAUGUGGGCAAUGUGGAUGGUGCUGUAAGUUCUUCAUGCUUUUAGCGGAAUAUCUUGCACUGGAAAAUCAAUUAUCUUAGGCUAUAAUCAUAUAGAAGAACGCUAGAAUGACCAUAUCUGUUACAACUGAUUUGGCAGUAUCCCUAAGUAAAAACAAUAUAUUACUUAGAGUUUAAUCUGUUUGAGGGAGACUAUAAUGAAAGAUGAAUAUAUCGAUUAUAGCCUAUAAUGUUGAAAAAAUACCCGAUAGCAUCAAAUCCUUCCACCAUGAUUACCAUGAAGUUGAGCUCGAUCUUGAAAUCAUUUAUUUAAUUCGAAUCUUCGCGUUAAAGUAUCUGAAUGGUCUUGAUCCCCAGCUUGUACUGGUUCAACAAGUUCUUUUGAAGGAAAUCAGGCGCCUUUUGAUUAGAUAUCGAAUCUGUCGAGCUGUUUUUAAGAACGGACUGUUUGCAAAUUCUGGAUAUUGUUUCAUAUUUGCAGGUUGUGAAGAGGAAAAACAAAACGAUAAACCUCAGGAUGUUAAGAAACCGCUAGCCGAUGCACACGAGCGCAAACAAGCAGAUAGCAACCGUUUAACCAUCAACGUUGUUUGA